AGACGCUGAAGGGAAACGCAGGUUCCCGAAAUAAAAACUCCAACCCUAAAGGCCGAACUCUUCCAGUACGUGGUUUUCCUGCUCUUCUGCGAUCGGAGAGUUGAAUGGCGUCUUCGUCGAGCAGCGGACUAACAUUCAAAUUGCAUCCGCUGGUGAUUGUGAAUAUAUCUGAUCACUACACCAGGGUUAAGUCUCAGAUGCACCCGCCCAUAGGUCCCCACGCCAACGACAACAGCAAUGGCACUGACGGAGCCACGUCGCUCCCGCCUCCUGUGCCGAGGGUCUAUGGCUGCGUAAUAGGGAUUCAGAGGGGACGCACCGUCGAGAUAUUCAACAGCUUCGAGCUCCUCUACGAUCCCUCCACACAUUCUCUUGACCGCUCCUUCCUCGAGAAGAAGCAAGACCUCUAUAAAAAGGUUUUCCCCAACUUCUAUAUACUCGGAUGGUAUUCUACUGGCAGCGAUGCGCAGGAAUCUGAUAUGCAUAUUCAUAAAGCCUUGAUGGAUAUAAACGAAAGUCCUGUUUAUGUUCUUCUCAAUCCUUCAAUUAAUCAUGCUCAAAAGGAUCUCCCAGUCACUAUUUAUGAAAGUGAGCUGCAUGUCAUAGAUGGGAUUCCACAGCUUAUUUUUGUUCGUUCAAACUACACUAUUGAGACGGUCGAAGCAGAACGUAUUUCAGUUGAUCAUGUUGCACAUCUUAAACCAUCUGAUGGAGGUUCAGCAGCUACUCAAUUGGCUGCUCACCUCACAGGCAUACAUAGUGCCAUCAAAAUGCUGAAUAGCAGAAUCAGGGUUCUUCAUUACUAUCUUCUAGCAAUGCAAAAAGGUGAUAUCCUCUGUGAGAAUUCACUGCUAAGACAAGUAUCAAGUCUUCUAAGAAGAUUGCCAGCUAUUGAAUCAGAGAAAUUUCAAGAUGACUUCUUGAUGGAAUACAAUGACACACUAUUGAUCACUUACCUGGCCAUGUUCACCAACUGCUCAAGCACAAUGAAUGAACUAGUCGACAAAUUCAACACUGCAUACGACAGGCAUAGUCGAAGGGGUGGACGGACUGCCUUUAUGUGAAAGGAAAGCUGCUUGCAUCUGGCAGACUUGCUGGCUUCUAUUUCUUUUGUGCAUAGCACAUAGAAGCUUACGAAUCAUAUUGCUAGGAGCCAAGGAUCCAGACAAAUCAGGAAAAAAUUGAAAGCUAUAUGGUUUUCUUCGUUUUUAUUUUGCUUUAAAAAAAAAAAAUGGCUCUGCGCACUAUAUUGAGUUAUUAUGGGAGGUGGAGGUACCAAAUGACUUUGGGAGUGGAAGAUGUGGUUUCAGUAUGGUCCUUUGUGAAUUGCUGCUUUCGUGUUUGUCUUGCCUGUGAGCAUAUUCACAGGUCACAUCCUAUAAUAUUAUAUCAUGUAAGAUGAUGAAAACAAUCGUAACAGCUUAAAAGUACUUUA